AUGCGUAUCACAAUACAUCCCUUCUCUGAUCAUCUGCAUAUGUAUGGGCCUUCCGAUCCGAGUUCUGCGUAUUCUCUGUCUGGUCAUAUUUCGUUAUCCGUCACUUCCCCCUUUUCUCUUUUUGAAUCUCGGCGGACGGCUCGUCUUCUUCUCCAAUCGUUAACCAUUACCUUCGAAGGCCAGUCUGAGAUAUUCACUCCAAACACCGGGUAUUCGUCCUUGCGUGUUUGCUCAGUCACCCAUGAGCUUGCUCCCUCAGUUCCCAUUGAGUUGUCGAAUGAGGGAUGCGAGGAUUCUUCAGAACCGUCCGUAUGGAAUGUCAUUUUCAACCUGCCUAUUCCCGGAUGGCUCCCACCUACAACAACCAUUGGAAUCGAGGAGCUGGGAACACGAUACGCUUUAUAUGCAACCGCCAAGUUCGCCAAUGUAGAUGAGGAGCACAAUAACUCUUGGGGAUUUUCCACAUUAUGCGCUCCGUUUCGAUCCCGCGUCAAGUGCGCAGAGGCUAAAAAGCCUAUCGUACUCCACCGGUUCAUGGCACCGCCGAAAGUAGAAAUUACUGACUUGACAACGCUAAACUAUCUUGUCAAUUCUACUCCCUCAUCAAAACAGCAGGAUGCUGAAAGAGGAAUUCCUAUGGAGGUGCUCUCCAAGAUCCAAGUCCUAGCGUCGGUCCCGGAAUAUGUUGACAUUAGCAGCGAUAUAUUGCCGUUGACGUUACGUCUUCGCACGAAAGAUCUGGCAGAAGAACAUUGCAAGCGGAUUCAGUUGACAGAAGUUCACGUUGACAUUACUCAGCAGGAAAAGUGCAGGUACCGACCAUCGUCGACAUAUCAUGCAAGAUAUCCACUACCGCCGCAAGAUCUUCAACCCCCUAAUUUGCCACUGCGGGACCCUCACCCAAUUAGUUCAGUCUACGAUGUUGGGCUCUAUGUCUCUUCCGAAUUUUCCGAAUCAGCCAGUCGUAUAUUUUCUCUUCUUCCAAGCGAAGAGUCUGGGAGUUAUAAACUGUCGACCGAUAACUAUGUUUUCGCUAAUGACGCCCUCAGAGACGGACCUCCUACGUGGUAUACUAUGGACACCACGGUCCCGUUCAUACAUGAAAACACGGCUUUCAGUCACGACGAUUAUGAUACAUUUGAAUGGGGAGGUGCGAAGAUCAUCAGACCAACCUUACAGGGUCCCUUGUACACUGUUCAACAUGAGGCAUUGGUUUCUUUGACCUAUACCUACGACUUGCAAGAUAAUAGAGACAGGGUUGCGACAGAGCGGCUGAGCUUCAGAAUACCUGUAACAUUUGGAAACGUGCCCCUCAAGCCAUCUGCAACUGGAGUCCAGAGUCUUGAGAACGCCGAUGUUUCCCAACUAUCAUCACACCCUUACCAGUCAACAUCGAUACCUUUGCCUGCCUACUUCCAAUUAUAUGAUCGCAACGGCGACCGCAAAAUUGAUUACUCGACACCACUUCCCCUUUAUACUCCUCGAUCAGAAGCGCCUUUGAUGGAGCCAAGUGACUCCCCUGCUGGGAGCACUGACUGCACAAACAUAUGCAAUUUAGGCGCAUAUCAGAAUGGACUUAACACCAACAACGAGAAGGCGCCCACAUCCCUUCUUAUGGGCGACUCUGCCGGGCUUCCUCUCUGCGAGGGUGAACGAGUUGCUGAAAGCCUGGACGCGUCCAAAACGCAACAGUCAACGCAUAACCUUCAUGGCUUUGUAACAAGCACCUUCCCCCCAAAGGUUGCAUCGAAAACUAAGUCUGUUGGCGGCAAUCUGAAUCAGAGUCGCGCUGAGGCAGGACCAUCAAGGGCCACCAACAACGCUGCAUCAAAUAAACGGAAGAAAGAAAUAGGCGCUACACGCGACAGGCAGUCCCAGGACGAAGGGCUGGAGAUGAUUGUAGAAAAACCUGCAGGUCGCGGGCGACGGACGGUGGCCGAUAAACAUAUACCCGAGGAAGAAGGUAUCGCGCGCAGUGGAGAGGACAGCAGUGCUGAAGUAGAGGAGAUUGUUUCACCCCCAAAUAACAAGUCGCGCCCCGUCACUAAGAAGUCCGCCCCUCGUCCAGGGAAACCCCUUUCUAAUGCGGCCAAUGGAACGACCAAGAUUGACACAAACACCUUGGCCAAGGGUAAGGGAAAGCAAAAGGCAACACUGGUACCCAAGAAACCAGCGCGACAAGAAGCGGAACAAGUGGAGAGCGACGUUGUGGAGAUGCCUGUGGACGAUAUGGACAUCGACGAUGAAGGCCAAGAUAAUGUGGAUGAACCAGUCAUUGCUGCUGCACCCAGCAAUCGCCAACUUAACAUCAAGCCAGGCAAGUCUGCGAAGGGGCAACCUCCUCUACCUCAGGAUCACAAGAAGGAUGCAUAUAUUGCACGAUUGGAGAAACAGCUGCAGCAGGCGGAAGACCACAUCAAAGAAUUGACGCGACAAGUGGAGGAACUAUGCCAAGUGCGAAAGACGGAAUCUGAACAGCUGAUGGAACGCAUGGAGACUCAGCAUCAAGCGCUCAUUGAAGCAAAGGACUCGCUCUUGGACGAUCUCAAUGCACAGCUUGCGAAACGCGACCCCGUGCUUAGUUCUGGCAAGAAAUCAGCUUUUGAGCUUCUGACCAGGGAUGAAGCGAACAACGAGAUGCAUGCUUUACAAGAGCAGCUCAAGAAAUACAGAGAAGCUCUUCAGGAACGGGAGCAACGCCUCAAAGAACAAGAAAGUGAAAUCACAGAAUUAAAAGAAGAUAAAAGAAUAAUAAGCAUCGAACUGAAAGAAGAAGUUAAACGAAAUCAGGAGUUGAACGCACGCGCCCCGCCGCCCUCUUCUUCGCGACCUCGGGGGACUGGGGUCGCCUUUGGAGCAAGUCAAGAUCCAAAAUAUGCCAUAAUCAUCAAGUUUUAUGAAGAUCUCACCAAUCUUAUUGUUCCUCAUAUGAAAAUGCAACCUGGAAAGUAUCUGGAUAUGGAAGAAUGGGUCUUAAACUGUUGUUAUACACAUAAAGACGUGAUGAAAAAGGAUUCUAUCUCAAAAAGUAUCAACUUUAAUCUGAGGCUCGGUUAUGAACCUCUCCCCGACGCACCAAAGCCUGUUACUAGAAAAGAAGACCUUGUUCCAUCUGUUCAUUAUAUACCAUUGGAACUUCAAAACGAAUCUCAAGAAUUCCGGGACUCUCUUGAAUUCCUAGCUGAUAAAUUUACAUUUGAAAGAGACCAGCUUUCUUUGUUUGUACGGACUUUGUAUGACUACGUUGGCGGGGAAAAGAAUGAAGACAGUAAUGAAGAAUCUGACAAUUCGGUUCAAAUUGUAGAAUAG